CAACUCAUAAUGAAAUAAUUGUAGCUAUGAACCAAACAUUUAUUUCUUUUUCGGAAAAAAUAUUUAAGAGAUUAUCUGAUGGAUGUGCUGAUCUUCAUGUACCUGAAAUAAGAGAAUUUUUAAACACAGCAAAAAGAAAAACAAAUUAUCAUAUUGCAUUUUUUAUUUCUAAUGUUAAUUUAACUGAUUAUGCAAUCAAUGAAUUAGAAAAUUAUACUGAUGAUAAAGAUAAAAUUUGUAUUUGUUUAAUUCAAGAUUUUAUUCCAAAAGUUUAUAAAUAUGAAAAUAUAUUUAAAAUCAAUAAGAUUGAAUUAGAAAAAGAAAAAAAUAAAUCUUUAGAAUAUGAAAUCGAAAAUAAAAUCUUAAAAACCCAUAAUGAAAAAUUAGAAACUAAAAUUAAAACAAUCGAAGAAAAACUUGAUUUAAUCUUAGAAAUUUUAAAUAAAAAAUAA